AUGUUUGUUCCUUUGCCGGUGCCGUUCGUGUUUCAGAGAACUGCCCCUGACCUCAACGCCUGGCGUCUCAAGUCCCCUCUGGCUCUCCGCUCCAACUCCGAUAUCAGGAUGUCAAAGCCAGUAGAGGUGGAGAAAGCAGGGGCUGACUCACCAUUGGAGGGCACAGAUUCAGAGCGGAAUGGACCUGAAUCAAAUCACCAGGCUCAAUCAAUGAAAGUCAAUCCCUUUCCUCUUUCACCAACCCUGAGCAGCAGCAAGACUAAGAUGGAGGAGUGUGCUGAGAUGUCCCCGGCCCUUCCUCUCUCUCACGGCCCGACCCCCUCACAGACGGCCCUGCAGCAUACACAGCUGAUCGGCUCCCAAAUAGGAUUGACAGCUCUGUUGCCAGCACAGCAGCAGUUGUUGCUGCAGCAGGCUCAGGCGCAGCUCCUGGCUGCAGCUGUGCAGCAGUCCAGCGCAGCCCACGCCGCUCAUGCUGCCCACGCAGCUGCCCAAGCCAAUCAGCAAGCUCAGGCAGCCGCUGCAGCAAAUCAGCAAGCCCAGCAGCAGCAGCAGGCGGGACAAACAGGGCAGCAGGCCCAGUCGCAGUCCCAGGGACAGGGACAGAGCACACAGGACCAGACAGCCCAAAGUGUCCCUGUCCCACCUCCUCCACCCCAGCUCACCCUCUCCCAGCCAAUCCAGCUCACCGCCCAGGACAUCCAGCAGUUGCUGCAGCUUCAGCAGUUUGUGUUGGUGCCCGGCCACCCGCUCCCGUCUCCUGCCCAGUUCCUCCUCCCACAGGCACAGCAGGGCCAGCAAGGACUCCUAUCGACACCAAAUCUUAUUCCGCUACCUCAGCAAAACCAAGGGAGCCUGCUGUCUGCUCCACCUAGAAUGGGACUCCAAGCACAGGUAUGAGGAAACUUUCAAGCCUUAGUCAGUGGAAAAGGAAAACCCUUCUCUGCGCCGGUGAUAAACAAACACCUCUUCUCUUUCCCUCCCGUUCUCACUUUCAUUCCUCUGACGUCGUACCUGCUAUAGCGAGAUAAGAGUGUGGAGGUGAGCGCCGGUGGAGGUGUGACCACGGUGCCCUCAGUGACCUCUCACCCCGAGGAGCCCAGUGACCUGGAGGAGCUGGAACAGUUUGCCCGCACUUUCAAACAGAGACGCAUCAAAUUGGGCUUCACACAGGGAGAUGUGGGUUUGGCCAUGGGGAAGCUGUACGGCAAUGACUUCAGUCAGACCACAAUCUCCCGCUUUGAAGCCCUCAACCUGAGCUUUAAGAACAUGUGCAAGCUGAAGCCACUGCUGGAGAAGUGGCUCAAUGAUGCGGAGACCAUGUCCAUAGACAGCACCCUGCCCAGCCCCAGCUCCCUGUCCUCAUCCUCUCUGGGCUUUGAUGGGGUUCCUGGUCGCCGCAGAAAGAAGAGAACCAGCAUCGAGACGAAUGUACGUGUGGCCCUGGAACGCGCAUUCAUGACGAACCAGAAGCCUACCUCAGAGGAGAUCCUGCUGAUCGCCGAGCAGCUCAACAUGGAGAAGGAGGUGAUCCGGGUCUGGUUCUGCAACCGUCGGCAGAAAGAGAAACGCAUCAACCCCAGCAGUGCCACCCCUCCCUUGCCCAGCCAGCCCCCCGCUGCCCCACCAACGCACAAACCGCCCUGCUACAGCCCUCACAUGAUGUCCAGCCAGCUGUCGCAGGCCGUGACCAGUCUCAGCAGCACAACGGUGACCACCAUGUCCUCCGUCUGCCCCCUGACUUCCAGCCUCACCUCCACCCACCCCUCCCUCAGCUCUGCACCCUCCCCGGUGACUCCUCCUCCUCCUCCCCGCAGCACGGCCAGCCCCGCCACUCCCAGCCACAGCACACUCAACCUUAACACAGGGAACACUGUGAUGGGAGUUAACACAGGGAUGAGCCAAGCCCUCCUCGGUAACAAUCCCCUGGCCACUAUCCAAGCCCUAGCAGCCAGUGGUGGUCAGCUGCCUCUUUCCAGUCUUGAGGGGGCCAGUAAGGUGAUGCUGGCCUCUGGGGGCCAAGCAGGGGGCCUCCCCUCCUCCCUCUUCCUCAACCACCCAGCCCUCCUCCACAUGGGCCAGAACCCUGGCGCUGGACUGAUCAGCGCCGCCGUAGCCAAAGCCUCCCAGCCCUCCCCCUUCCCCUCGGUCAGCAGCAUCAGCCCCACCCCUUGCUCCCCCUCCCCCUGCUCCAGCCCCGCCUCUUCCUGUUCCUCCAGCGAAAUGGCACACAGCCCGACCUCUCUGGGCGGAGCCAAGAUGGAGUGACCGCGCCAAGGGCCAAUCAGAGAGGAGGAGGAAGGAGGAAACGAGAACCUCGCCUUUCACACCAAAGCUAUCUCUUUCUCUCUCUUGUGCUCUUCUUCCGUUAUUUUUUUUUGCAAUGGCUCU